UCCAGCUGUGCCACCAUGGGCCUAGCUGGGCUUCAGGAGAAUGUGUUUACUGUGCAGUCAAAGAUCUAUGCCUACAUGAGUCCGAACAAAUGCUCAGGAAGGCGCUUCCUCUCUUCAGGAAGAGACUCAGUUGCACAUCACGAGGUCAAAUGCCAGGGGAAGCCAUUAGCGGGAAUCUACAGGAAGCAAGAAGAGAAAAGAAAUGCUGGGAAUACGAUCCAAAGCUCCAUGAAGUUCGAUGAACAGAAGAUCCAAGAUGCUGGGAGAGGUCCCCUGGCACCUUUUCCAAACCAAAAAUCUGAAGCAGCGGAACCUCCAAAAACUCCACCCCUGUUGUGUGAUCCUACCAAUACAGUGGUUGCCAAGCAGGCCCUGAAAAAGCCCCUCAAGGGCAAGCAGGCCCCUCGGAAAAAGUCUCAAGAGAAAACACAGCAGAAUAGAAAACUCACAGAUUUCUACCCGGUGCAAAGGAGCUCCAGGAAGAGCAAAGCUGAGCCGCAGUCCAAAGAAAUGAAAAAAAAAAAAAAAAAACUGAUUAGCUGAUUGAAAGUCGAAAGGAAGAAGGCAUGAAAGAUUGAUCUCAUUGAUGAAAAAGGCAGGGGUGUGAUUGCCACCAAGCAGUUCUCCCGGGGAGACUUUGUGGUCGAAUACCAGGGGGACCUCAUUGACAUCACCGAUGCUAAGAAGAAGGAGGCUCGGUAUGCACAAGACCCCUCCACAGGCUGCUACAUGUACUAUUUUCAAUAUCUGAACAAAACCUACUGUGUGGAUGCCACUCGAGAAACAAAUCGCCUGGGGAGACUGAUCAAUCACAGUAAGUGUGGGAAUUGCCAAACUAAGCUACAUGACAUCAGUGGCGUGCCUCACCUCAUCCUCAUCGCCUCCAGAGACAUUGCAGUUGGGGAGGGGCUGCUGUACGACAAUGGCGACCGUGGCAAGCUGAAGUAUUAA